CAGGUGAGAAAGCAGAGCCGAGAGACCGUGCAAAUAGAUAGAUCUGAAUGAUUGAUUUGUCUGAUAUCAGGUGGAAGCGCACUUCUAUUUACACACACGCAGCGCCGUGCAGGGUAGGGCAGGGCAGGGCGAUCUCCUGCGCAGCCUCACCCCGCCUGAGAGGCCUGUGUCUUGCCGGAUACGGGAUCUCUUGCUGCAUGGACCCCGACACACAGAUCAUCUCACGUCGUGGCAGCACAGCCCUCCCGUCGUUACACGCCAACAUCCACUUGCAACUCAUUCUCCACGUCAGCUAACAUUGGCUGGCCGACCUGACAGACAAACAUACAGCCCAACACACACCACCGGCAGUGAACAAUCGCGCGCAUACCAAGUAGCCAAACCGUACGCACCUGUCGUCUUUCGUCAGGUGCCAAGCCGUUUGAGGGUGAGGGAAUCUCCCAGAUAUCCCCCAAAGCUGAUGUCGUACCACCCCUCCAGCCCCUCGAUGGUGUCGCCUUGUGUCCGCUCCUCCACCAGCCGCUUGAAGGCGUGGCUGGGCACCGGCUGAAACUUGAGCACCUCGAUGCAUCGGAUCUUGAGCAGCGACCUGACGCAGGCAAUGCCGAACUCGCCGGCGGCAUCGCCAUCACCCAAAUCCUCAGGCACUGCACACAGACAGGCAUGCACAACACAUAACAGGCUGGUGUGCGAAAGGAUGCGAUUGUUUGCAGCUCACCUUCUACGCCAACAACCAGCCGUUUGAUGGUCGGCAGCUGAUCCGCCAUGUCCCCCCACGUCAGCCCCCCCUCACCCACAUCCGUCACGCACUCGGCGUUGAAACACUCCAACUCCCUCUCCCUGCCCAACGCCUGCAGCACCUCCACUGCUUGCUCCUCUGUCCGGCCCAAGAGGUCAAUGUUCUUGACUGCUGGCAUCUUGGUCACCAGCCUGCGGCCAAUCGCGAGCCCCUUGCGGCUGCUGCACCGGAGCCGCGAUGCGGCCGGGAAUGCGUUGUGGGACAUGCUGUCAAUCACAACUGGGUCAGGCUGGUCUGCGUCAGCGUCUGGCUCCCAAUCGUCGUACUCCAAAUCAUCAUCCUGGUCCACCACAUUCACGACCGUCGCCUUGCUGAAUGUCAGGCACUGUGCGAGGGCGACGGCAGCGGGGAUGGGCGUGUCGAGUGGGGUGGUGAGAUGGUGAGGGCGGAUGGUGAAGGACACUAUGUGGGCUGUGGCCGUCAUCUGCUGGAUGUGCCUCUGCACGAAGGGGGAGGGCUCCGGGCGGGUGGGCACCUCACACAGGAGGGACAGCUCGAAGCAGUUGAUCUUGUUGAUGUCGGGGAUGUCGGGGCUCACACAGACGGCACGUGUGAAGGUCUCGAUGGCCGAGAGGGUCUCGAAGAUGCUCCUGUCGAUGCAGUACUCAUCGAGCUCGAUGCUGAGCUUCUUGAUGGAGCGGCAGCCACGGUCGACAUGAACCUCCUGCAUACAGACACACGCACAUCACAAGCAAGCCCUCGCCCACUCUCUCUCUUGUGUAUCUUGUGUAUCUUGUGUGAUUCGUCGCACACCUGAAGGUCCCCCAGACCCGCAGCCUCCCAGCUAGACAGGCUGAGGGUGCCGAUGUCCUCGAGCUGCGACAGGGGGCCCGGCUGGCAGGCAGCGGCCGUGGGGAAGCGCAUCAGCGACCCAGCCAUGGUGUUAGGAAGGCAUUCCACCUGCAGCUGCUUGAGGCGCCGCGACGUGGCCACAAGACCUCCCAACAUCUCUGACCCCACCCCAGGACCUCCAAACACCCACGACCCCACCCUCCCCACCACCUGGACCAUCUCGAGCGACGGCAACUGCCAGUGCCGCCCGCGGCCGGGAUAGGAGAACUCAUAUAUCCCGAAGGGGAUGCCGGUGAUGGAUCUAAGGGAUGUGAGGGUGGGGGGCGGGUUGAGGGGAGGGGGGAGAGCUUCCAACGCCUCUCUCUCAGCAGCUCGGAUAACGCGAUUCUCGUCCUCGUCGAUUGUUAUGGUCCAUUUGCUGCACUUGCUUAUGUCGAUGGACUCCAAGGUGGUUGGCCCCUGCUGCCCGGUUGCUGUGGCCGCUGCGCCUCUCCGUCCCUCACUGUGGCCCUCCACCAAUGCCGUGACGGUCUUCUCGAUCACAAGCGACAGGAUGCGGAACUCACUUGGCAACUUGACGACGAUGGUGAUGAGCCGUGUGAGCCGCCGGCCCCACUCGAAGGCGUCGGCGAAUGACAGGCCGUACCAGAAGCGCCGCUCGGCCGUGUCGUGGGUGUCCAUGACCAGCUGGGUGAUCUGGCAGCCGACGUGGCCCCACAGGCGCUGGGGCAGCGCCGCCACCAAAUGAAGCGACAGAAACGAGAAGACGUAGGCAACGACAACAGGCUGAGUGGACAAACACACACCACACAGACAUAGGGGAGACAGUCAAGAUCUCUGUGUCUGCCUGUGGUUCGUUUGGUCCAUCUGUGUGUGGUGCGUACGAUUUGGCUGAAGCGCUGUGCGAAGGCCUCCAAAUCUAGGCUGUGUGUGGUCUGCGAUGCCGUGGCCUGCUGCUGCUGUUGGCCGUCGGUGUCCAUCAAGUCAUCCACCUCUCCUCCGGCCGCCCGCCUCCCCGCUUCGACGCCCUCACUCAUGAGUCAAUUCCACCAAACGGGCGUCAAUUGGAGAAUGUUUUAAGUAGAUGCAUGAAACGGGCGACGAACUUGUCUAAGCGAAUUG